AUGGCAUCCUCACAGCCUACAUACACUUAUGAGCCUGCGGCUAAAGUCCACAAAAAGCGAGGCCCGAAACCCAAGCCUCUGAGCGAGCGGGUGUCGAAGGCAACAAACCCCAUCACACGACCCACGCGCAGGUAUUCAAGAAAGAGGAAGAUCGAGGUGCUCAUGUACCUCAUUCACCACCGUGUCGCCGAGCCGCCGCAGCCUCUCAACGCGCGCCACCGCAGACGACGUCUCUUCGGCACGGCGCCAGUCCACAACAUCGAGGACGGGCUCGUCUACCGGCUGCCCACAUACGAGGAAGCUUCCGCAUUCUGGAAGAUACCCCGGUCGACCAUCUUGAAGUGGUAUCAGAUCAGAGAUCAGAUUCUGGAGGGUCCGCAACCCCGAAAGAAGCAGUCCAACAAAGGCCAGGGACAGAGCGAUAUGGAGCAAGGCCGAGAAAAGAGCAGCGUCACAGAUGCAGCUAUGCCACACCAGAGUCUCCACGAGACACCGGCAGCAACGACACCUGUGCAGUCACCAGGAGCGAUGUCCGUCGAAGUCCUCUGCAGACAAUGA